CAGCCGUGGGCUAGAGUUUAACUUUUAGGAUCAUUGUUAUAAAAGUUACGAUACACCGGUUUAAAAUACCAGGUUCAAGGUCUAAGGAUAUUUAAAAGUUUGUGUUUCUUGUGGAAGGACUGGUUUUAGUUACCUGCUUGGUAGAUUGAGUCAAAAUGCUGUGGCCACUCGUCGUGGCAGUGGCGAUAGUGGUCGCGCUGUGGAAGUAUUUCAGCCGCGAGGAGAAUGACUUGUCUCGGCUACCUGGACCGCCCAGUUGGCCAAUUGUAGGCAGCGCCAUGACCUUCAUGGGCCUACCACCAGAGGAAGUAUUUAAGAGGAUCAGUAAUCUACGAAACGAUUACGGAGAUCGUGUCGUGAUCACAGCUUUCCGCAGACACAUCCUGCACACGUACAAAGAAGAGGAUAUCGAGAUAAUUUUAUCACAUUCGAGGAACAUCAAGAAAGGUAUAGCUUACCGGUUUAUGGAGCCCUGGCUUGGAACAGGUCUCCUCAUCAGCACUGGUAACAAAUGGCACAGGCGACGGAAGAUAUUGACUCCGGCUUUCCACUUUGACAUCCUGAAGAGUUUCUUGAAGGUGUUCGAGGAGCAAAGUCAGAGCCUGGUGGAGGCACUUCGCCAGUUGAACAAGGAGGGCACUGAGGUUCUGGACGUCAUACCAUUUAUAAGCGAUCACAUGCUUUAUACCAUUUGUGAAACGGCUAUGGGCAUUAAAUUGGAUGCGGACAAAACCGAAACCAAAGUGGAAUACAAAAAAGCAAUUUUAGACAUUGGAGCUAUGGUCAUGGAGAGGCUCACAACCUUUUAUCUUCAUAGCGAUUUCCUAUUCAAUCUGCAUCCAUUGGGCAGAAGGUUUGCCAAAUCUUUGGCCAAAGUUCACUCCUUCGCGGACAAUGUUAUUAUGGAAAGGAAAAAGGCGUAUGAUAGUGGUGCUGUUUUAAACGCUGAUAAUGGAGAGGGUAAACGGAGAUUGGCACUCCUUGAUUUGUUGUUAGAAUCGGAGAGAAAGGGGGAAAUAGAUUUAGAGGGUAUACGAGAAGAAGUCAAUACGUUUAUGUUUGAGGGCCAUGACACUACGGCGAUAGCUUUAUCAUUUGGAUUGAUGCUUUUAGCUGAUCAUGAAGAAGUACAGGAGCGUAUUUUCGAAGAAUGUAAAGACAUAUUUAGUGAUUCGAGCCACAGCAUCAGCAUGUCCGACUUGGGCGAGAUGAAGUACUUGGAGGCUGUUAUAAAGGAGAUACUUAGGCUUUACCCCAGUGUGCCCUUCAUUGGCCGGGAAAUAGUUGAAGAUUUUAUGUUAGGUGAUAUAAAAGUAAAGAAAGGCUCAGAAGUGGUAGUGCAUAUAUACGAUGUGCAGCGGAGGCCCGAACUGUACCCGGAGCCAGAGGCCUUUAAGCCGGAGAGAUUUCUGGAGGCGGACUCUAGGCAUUCUUAUGCCUAUGUGCCUUUUAGCGCUGGACCCAGAAACUGCAUUGGACAACGUUUCGCUAAAAUGGAGAUGAAAUGUGUGCUGAGCGAGAUUGUUCGCAACUUCCGCCUGGUACCAGUGAAGAGGGGGGUCCGAGCCACGCUCAAGACAGACAUAGUACUUCGCUGCAUAGAACCCAUUCAUGUUCGGUUUAUCCCACGCUAAGUGUGUAGCUAAUGGAACCUUUAUAUUAUGGCAUGGGUAAAGGUCGGGAUAUCCAGGAUUCCCUGAAUAUUUUUAGGGUUCCGUACCCAAAGGGUUUAUUUACCCUAUUACUAAGACUCCGCUGUCCGUCCGUCGCGUGUGCGUCUGUCCCCAGGCGGUAUGUUAUACACCGUAAUAGUUAGCAUUUUGUUUUAUUUUUAGUUUUUCUAAUCCUAAGAUUGUCUGGCAGAGAUAGCUACUUAGCCGCAUUUUUUAUCCAACUACUUGAAGUAUCUUUUCUUCUAUUUUCUUUACAUGUUGUACUAAUACAGAGUAUAAAUAAAAAUAGAGAGACAAUUGAAGUA